AUGCAUCGGUUAGGAUGGAUCAUAGCGCUCUUCAGCGUGUUAGCCGCUCAGGCUCUGUCAGCACCAAACUGCCCCAUCUAUGGUGCUGAGUUUCCAAAGCCGCCACAACUGGCUGAGAAUCCGAUAUGGAAAGCGGCAAUGCAAAAUCUCUCAACAGUAUUUGAUGGUGUAGAGGCAGACGCCAAGAAUUACUCGUUCUCAGUUCAGAUCUUUUCAACCAAUCCAGGUCCUCCAAUCCUCUUUGAGAGGUUUCAUACAGCCCAAAAUUUGCCAAGCAAUACUACCGGUGUCAAAAAGGUCGACGCUCACACCGUCUAUCGCAUUGGAAGUGUAACGAAGAUCUUUACGGCUUUGGCUUUCCUCGCUGAGGCGGGAGACAAGUACUUCAGCCACCCGAUCACAGAUUUUGUGCCUGAGCUGGCGGCCAUCAACGCCAAGAGGGCCAAUGCCCCGGUCGAUGAGUUGAGGACCGUGGACUGGGAGGAUAUCAAUAUCCAAUCACUGUUAUCACAGAUGUCUGGUAUCGAGCGUGAUUACUUGAUCUUAGGGGAGAUUGUAGGAGCAAUCAACCUUACAGAUGUUGUGAACUUGGGAUUUCCUCCACUGGCGCCUGAGCAAAUUCCGGAGUGCGGAGGAAGGUCCUUGUGUAACCGCACCCAAUUUUUCGCGGGACUCGAGAACACCUAUCCGUCUUACGCCCCAUGGAAGACACCAGCGUAUUCAAACAUAGCUUUUCAGCUUCUUUCAUAUGCAUUGGAGAAUAUCACGGGCCGGUCUUUCAUUUCAUCCCUUAAUCAGACAGUCUUGCGACCCCUAGACCUCAGAGACACUUACUACUACACGGCCAAUGAAACGGUGGGCAUCAUCCCGAGGGCAGUCAAUGACACGAAAUGGAAUGUAUAUAUUGGCGACGAGAGUCCAUCCGGAAACAUGUUUGCCUCAGCUGGUGAUUUGUCGAAGCUUGGCAUCGCAGUCCUCAACUCAUCUCUGAUUAAACCCGUUCUUACCCGGCGUUGGCUCAAACCAGUCUCAUUCACGGCUGAUCAUGUGGCUGCCGUCGGUAUGCCAUGGGGACUAAGGCGUCUUCAGCUGAGCGACUCUAAUCCCCACAGGACUGUGACCGCCUUUACGAAAGCCGGCGGUGUGGGGGACUAUUCGUCGAUCUUAUCGAUAAUCCCCGAGUUCGACGUUGGUAUAACGGUCAUGAUAGCUGGCCCAGACACGGCAGGGAUUGUAUGGUCCGUCGCGGAUUACCUCGGGCAGGUUUUACUGCCGACUCUAGAUGCAGUGACUAAGGACGAUGCUAAUGCGAGAUUUGGUGGGACCUAUCGGUGGAUUGGAACUAAGAACUUCACCUCCUCGCUCACGCUGGCCACUGACCCUGACAAACCAGGCCUGGGUGCCUCAGCGUGGGUGAGCAACAACACUGACAUGAUUCCCGUGGCCCUGUCGCUGCAGUCGGGGCUGUCAGUUGCUUCAGACCCAGCAUCGAAUUCCACCAAACAGCCCUCGGUUCGUCUUUACUACACCGGGUUGGACUCGGUCGCCGCCAAUGGCAAUAAGCUGCAGUCAUUUAAAGCCGUUUUCGAAUCGACGGGUGGGGCGGCGAAUCCAGGGAGGGGCUUCUCGACAGACUGUGGCGUUUGGAUUGACUAUACUGGAGUCACGUAUGCAGGAAUGCCACUGGACGAGUUCAUCUUUGAGCUCGAUGGGGACAGCAAAGUGCUCAGUGUAACGAACUUGGCGCUGAAUUCCACGCUUAAGAAAGUGAAAUAA